AUGGCCGCAGAAACCUUUGGCGUCGUGGCAGGCGCCUUGAGCAUAGCGUCCUUAUUCAACAACUGCGUUGACUGCUUCGAGUACAUUCAAAUGGGCCGCCAUUUUGGUCGAGAUUUCGAGCGCAGCCUACUGAGAAUUGAUAUCGCCAAAGCCCGACUCAGUAGAUGGGGCGAAGCCGUCGCGAUCAACGAGAACCCUUGCUUUACUACCAACACGCCAGGCGACAGAUCCUCCCUUCAGGUGCAAUCAAUCUUGGAGCAGAUCAACGAUCUGUUCCAGACGCUACAAAGGUCUUCCAAGCAUUACGAGAUCGGCGCAAAUCAUGAGGAUUUGGUACGCCUUACAGACACGGGCAUGCAACCAGUAGCCCAGCAACUACAUCGCAGGCUUAGUCUCAUUGCCGGCCAGCGGCAGAAGAAAACGAGCCUUACGAAGAAGGUAACGUGGGCGCUCUACGAUGGCAAGAACUUCAACAAGCUGGUGAAUGAGAUGAUGGACUUUGUGGAUGCCUUGGAGACGCUGUUCCCCGCUGAGCAGGCCCGCCGCAGACUCGCGAGGCUGGAGAUUGAUGCAGUGGAAGACGAAGAGAGCUUGACAAUGCUACAAGACGCCGCCCAGGAAGCCGAUAGUGUUUUAUCAGAAGCAGUCCGGGAGAAAUUUGAAGGCAUGACGGGAAGGAACUACGCCGAGGUCAUCAGCGCGGAGGAACAGGCAAAGAUUCGGGUGGGGAACGAGUGGAGCGAAGCUGCCUUGGACCCGGCUACGCGCUAUACGGAUCGGACUGAGAAUGGGGCAGGUUCAGUGGCAGCGAGAGGCACCACGGCAGUGCACAUUGGAAAUCGGUAUGGUGGGCGAGGUAUUUUCGACUGA